CAGGAAGCUUUAAUCAGUAGGUUGCAGGAAGCUACCAAACUAUUUUUCAAGAGAGUGGUUGUUGCUUCUUUGUUCCUGAUAAUUAGAAAUGCUAGUUCUAGCUUGAACCUCUGAAUGCAACAGUCAGUGUUGAUGGUUGAAACAGGAUCAUAACCCUGAUAUUGGAGAUAAUUCUGAGCAGCCAGACGUCUGUCAUCAGAAGGUGCUGCAAGUCAUAGGAGCAGUAAUCAGCUUACUCGAAAGCGGUGAACUUUAACUUCAUAGGAUGUUACUUUGGGAUCAAGAUGACCAAAAAGACUGGAUAUUUAGGGUACCAGAAACAUUUGAAGAUGUUGUUGUUGAUUUUUCAACAGAGGAGUGGAAGAUGCUGAGCAAAGAGGAGAAAGAGCUUCACCGAGAGGUGAUGGUACAGAACUAUGUGAACAUGGUGUCAGUAGGGUAUAACAUCCCAUUACAGCAGCUGCUGCUGUUAAUAAACAAGCCCGGUGACCUCCCUUUUAAUGUUACAAACGAAGGCAUGACUAGGCUGCAAACAGAUUUUCCAGAAGUUAGUCUAACUGUCAACAGGUAUCUGAGUGAGAUCCUGAAUCCACAGCCAUCAAUCCACAGUCAUCUGAAUAUUAAACAUAAGGAGGAGUUUCCUAAUAAUUUACAAAUCCGUGCUCAAAAGAAAUUGUAUGAAUGUGUCACAUGUGGUAGAACUUUUUCACAGAAGAUUUCCCUUUCAGGACAUGAGAAAAUACACACCGGAGAAAGGCCGUUUAAAUGUAUCACCUGUGGAAAGAGCUUUACAUUGAAGAGAACCCUAAGAAAGCAUAAGAAAAUACAUAUGGGAGUCAAGCCACAUGAAUGUGCCACAUGUGGCAAGCGUUUUACAAGGAAGGAUCACCUUACAUCACAUGAAAGAACACACAGUGGAGUGACACCAUAUAAAUGCCCCAUGUGUGAAAAACGAUUUACAUAUAAGAGUGCGCUAUUACUGCAUGAGAAAAUACACACAGGAGAGAAGCCUUAUGAAUGUGCUUUCUGCAAUAGGAGUUUUAUAAGGAAGACUCACCUUUUAGCUCAUGAAAAAACACACACCGGAGAGAAGCCAUAUAUAUGUGCCACGUGUGGCAAGAGUUUUACACGGACCUGUAUCCUGUCAAAGCAUGAGAAAAUUCAUAGUGGAGAGAGACCAUAUAAAUGCACCUUCUGUGAAAAGAGUUUUACAAGGAAGGAUCACCUUUCGUUGCAUGAAAAAAUGCACACUGGAGAGAAACCACAUAAGUGCCUUACUUGUGAAAAGAGUUUUAUAAGGAAGACUCACCUUUCUGCGCAUGAGCGAACACACACAAGAGAAAGGCCAUUUAAAUGUACAUUAUGUAAUAAGAGUUUCAUGCGGAAGACUCAUCUUUCGAGUCAUGAGAAAACACACAGUGGGCAGAAGCCACAUAAAUGCAUCACGUGUGGCAAAUGUUUUACACAGAAAGGUGCCCUAUUAAAACACGAGAAAAUACAUACUGGGAUUGUUGACAUGAAAAGCAAAGAGAGGCCAUAUAAGUGUGCCAUUUGUCAAAAGGAUUUUGCAAGAAAGGACCACCUUUUAUUACAUGAAAAAGUGCACAUUGGAGAGAGACCAUUUAAAUGUGCCACAUGUGGAAUGUGUUUUGUAAGAAAGACUAAUCUUUCAGUGCAUGAAAAAACUCACAGUGAAGAAAGACCACAUAAAUGUGCCUCUUGUGACAAGAGUUUUAGACUGAAAGAUACCUUGUCAAAACAUAUGAAAACGCACACUGGAGAGAGGCCACAUGAAUGCACCACAUGUGGUAAGAGUUUUGCAAGGAAGGAUCACCUGUCAGCACAUGGGAAAACACACAGUAGAGAGGCAGAAAGGACAAGCAAGAAGUCUAGAUACAAUAAAAAUGAAUAAGUCUGUGCAGAUGAACGUUCUACCCCAAUUAAGAAACGUGUAACCAAAUAAUUAAAUAAAGUAUUAAACAGCCAC